GCUGCAAACAUCAAGCAAGCCAAGCCACCUCAUUAAUCGGUACCCAAUUGAUGAUUCAAGAUUAAGUACUACCUUGAGAUGACGCCCGCUAAUAAAAUACAAAUAGUGAGCAAGAUGCACGCGAUACGCCCUAAAGUGACACCCAAUAAUGCACUUAGCAGUGCUUCUUUGCGACUUCCUCGUUGGAGUAAUCCAAGCUGCACCUACAAGAAAUACGACAAACACUACUACCAGCGACAGUUUUAAAGCCCCAACAUUUACGACCAGAACCCUAUGGACCAUCAUCUUCAGUUCCGUUCUCACUCUAUUCGCGUGUAUAUACAAUUCCAUUCACGCCAAUAUUCCAAGUCCCAAGGACAGUCCUAAUGGUAUCCUACGGCGGCGACCUGGGAUCAUGGUAAUGGCACUAUUAUUUCCUGAACUGAUCGUCGCCUGGGCUAUGCGCCAGUGGUUCGGAGCUCGUCAUGUUACAAGACAGUUCAAGGAUGCAGGGUAUCCCAGGGUUCGUCCCGAGCAGGAGCAGUCUGAAGUUCAAGCACACGAGCAACACGAAAAUCGCUUCCUUCGCCUCCUUCCCGUAGUGUUUGCUAAAGGUGUAUUGUCUGUACCAAUGUUUCUUUGGCAUUUCUCUGGUGCUCUUGCGAGGUCGGUUAAGGCUCAUUUCUCAGAGCAAUCUGAUGAUUAUACGUGGACUCAAACGCACAGCUUCUUUGUGCUGAUGGGUGGUUUCAUGAUCUAUGUGGAUGAAAAACCAUACCAUACACCGCAGCCUGACGAGGUCCUCAAACUGAUACGUGCCGGCUGUAUCGAUGCCCCUACCCUGACAGCAAAGCAGAUCUACGACAGGAGCAAAGGCAAUACGAUAUCAAAAGGACUGAUCAUGCUUCAGGUGGCCUGGUUUGUUAUGCAGCUCGUCACCCGCGCCAUUUAUCACCUCGAAACCACCCAGCUCGAAGUGGGAACACUCGCUUUUGCGGUUCUCAAUUUCCUCACAUAUGCUGUGUGGUGGAACAAGCCUCUCAAUGUGAAAUGUCCACAUCCAGUGUACUGGAAGUCGAGCGAUAGGCCAGAGAAUCACAUCGCUAAGUAUGUACGCGCCUCAACAAUUACACUGCUGCUAAUGAUGUCUGCUUUAGUGUCUGUGAAAGACACAAACGCGCUCAGCUCGGGAUCUUCGUCGGCUCAAUUGCAGAACUGAUGGGCUUGCCUGAAAUUUCCACGUCUCGAAAGCUCCGAGUCCCAAUAUUUGGUGGCAGCAUCAAACUCGAAAAUUCAGACCGGUCGGUUCUUCUGCUUGCCGCGUUGCUUAUGGCAACCAUAUUUGGCGGCAUCCAUUGCAUGGCUUGGUUUUUUACCUUCCCCACAUGCCAGGAACAGGUGCUAUGGCGCAUGAGCGUCGUUGCUAUAACUUGCACACCCUGGGUUAGUGUGCUCACUGUGUGGGUCUUUGCAUUACUGGAACCACCAGAUGUCGUGUCCAAAAUGGUAGCAGCAUUAUAUGCUAUCUUGUACGCUACUAGAUGUCCCAUAGAGUUCGCGCAUUUUCGAGAAAACAUCUAUAACUCUACAACACAUUUACAUAAAAAUAUGAUUUUUCGAUGGAUGGAUAGCCUGACC